AUGUCCCUUAGAGACUCCUGCUGGCCCCCGCCCGAGGGAAGCUCACAACAUGCACGGAGACGCAGAGUGUCCUGCUCAGGUAGCAGCAGUGUUGGCCAAUUGAGGCUUGCACGCCCUACCAAGACGACUGUAGUCACCACGACCACUAGGACCUACAUAACCCUACCUCCGCUCGUUAUAAACCCACCGGAAAAUUUGAGGGAAAGGGAUCCACGGCAAUAUCCACUCGCUUCGGCCCGGCCGCCAGAAGUUAUCGAGCGGUUUCGCUUCAAGUACAACGGGCAUGACGCUCUCUUUCAAACGGUGGACAACGAGGAAGGGGUGAGAGACGCACUGCUGGAGCACCAUGAAUUGAACAGCGAACUGGAUGUUUCAAAUGGGCAGUUGAAGACGGAGACAACCCACAUCUCUGAACCCGACUUUGCCACCCCGGCCCACGCUCGAUCCGCAGCUCUACCUAGAAGUGUACAUUGGAUAGGACCUCCUGACGCACCUUCGGCCGCUUCUUAUGAAAGGAGCCCGCCUUCGCUCGCUGUAGCUGCCAAGAUGGCUGGCAGACAACGGUCUAGAAGACACCAUCGGAAACCACGAGAACGGCCACGGUCGCGAGACCGCGAAGGCUCCUUUACGAUAGAGGAUGCCGUAGAUCCGGUUCUCGUCACGCCAGAUACGGACACGGGCGUUUUGCCAGAUGCGCCUGCGGGUGUUCCUCAUUCUACUACGGGACCCAAGCCCAAGGGACCUGCUGAAACUCCUCCGGUGGAUAAGUCAUUCACAAGGAUGGAAGAAACCUUAGAGCGCCCGGAUUCCGUCUGGGAGCAGGAGAGGGGUAGCUCCACUUCGAUGCUACCGCCGGGCGAUGACGACCGAUUGGGUGUUAUCCGUCCAUUGGUGGAGACCGACACGGAUGACCAGUCAUUCCUCGAUGGGCGGGUUGAGACUCCCUAUAUUGCCUCUCCCGGCCUCGGAGGGCCCUCGGUGCGGCCUAGACGGCUUCCUCCCCUCGACACAGUCUCAGCUCAAGAUGUCUGCUUACCGAGCCCGAGUCUAUCUCCUAUUACUGCCGCUGCACAUGUGGCCCACAACCAUAGCGCGGUAUUUACUGGUGGCCCUGGGCGAAGGGGUGGUGGAUUGACUCAUGUUUCGAGUCGUGAUGCUACUCGACUUGCGCGGUCUGCCCAAGGAGACCAGUUGAUACCAACUGAUCUCGCACGGCUCUCUGACGAGACGGCCGUGAGUGCCGAAGCCUCAUCGGCGCCAACCCUCAUGAGUAUACCCAGCAUGAUCGAUUCGUUUGAUGCUCUUCCUGACCAGAUGAAGACAUUUGUUCUGUAUGAGAUGCUUCGGAGAUGCCCCAGACCCACGUUGCAUUUCGUUGCUGAUACAGUCAAUACGGCUUUGAAAUGCGACUUCCUUGAUCUUCUUCCGCUAGAGCUCAGUCUAAACAUUAUACGGUACCUGGAUCUCAAAAGCUUGUGUAACGCGGCGCAAGUGUCGAAGAAGUGGAGAACCAUCAUAGACACUGACGAGGCGGCUUGGAAAGAGCUGUUCGAGAGGGAUGGCUAUACAUUACCUCCGGGUGAACUUGAGCGUGCCAUUAAGGAAGGCUGGGGGUGGCAAUAUCCCCAUUCUUCGGAGAGUUGGGAGCGUGACCUGCGACCGUCCUCGAGCGCUGCCAGAUCCGACGCAGACUAUGCCACUACUACUUCUUCGCUCGCAUCCCUCUCUGGCAGCGACCGUUUGGCGCUUCGAUCAUCAUCUGGUCGGCUGAAGCGAAAAGCCACAACAAAGCAAAGCUCCUCAAGGAAGCGAAAGAAGGGGGAUAACUCGUCGCGGUCGAAAAUUGCCUCUUUCCGCAAACCAGCGCUUCACGAAGGGCCCAAUGUCCUCGCAGAAAUAGCCGUCGCAGCGGUGCCAAGCCCCAACAUCGGCCUGGAAAGCUUGCGGUGUAUGCAUCUGUUCAAAUCGAUCUAUCAGCGGCACCAUCUGAUCAGGAAAAGCUGGAUGGAGGAGGAUUCCAAACCCAAACACAUUGCCUUCCGUGCACACCAACGCCACGUCGUUACCUGCCUUCAGUUUGACACGGACAAGAUCCUGACGGGAAGCGAUGACACGAACAUCAACGUGUACGAUACCAAAACCGGAGCUUUGCGUAAUCGCCUUGACGGACAUGAGGGAGGCGUCUGGGCACUACAGUAUGAAGGGAACACUUUGGUUUCUGGCUCCACGGACAGAUCUGUGCGAGUCUGGGACAUCGAGAAGGGAAAGUGCACGGCUGUGUUCAACGGCCAUACGUCGACGGUGCGAUGUUUGGUGAUACUCAAGCCCACGCAGGUUGGAGAGGCGGCGGACGGUCAGCCCAUCAUGAUGCCCAAAGAGCCUCUAAUCAUCACGGGCUCCCGCGAUUCCACCCUGCGCGUUUGGAGGCUUCCUUCGCAGAGUGGGUCCAAAACCGCCCUACAGACCGGACCACCCGUGUACCACGAUAACGACAACCCCUACUUCAUCCGGAUUCUCAGCGGCCAUUCUCAUUCGGUGCGCGCCAUAGCAGCCCAUGGAGACGUGCUGGUAAGCGGUAGUUAUGACACUACCGUUCGCGUUUGGAGGAUCUCGACUGGUGAGACCAUCCAUCAGCUGCACGGUCAUGCGCAGAAGGUGUAUAGCGUAGUGUUGGAUCACGCUCGAAAUCGUUGCAUCAGUGGUUCCAUGGACACCUCAGUCAAGGUCUGGUGCCUUGAAACUGGAACAUGCAUGUUCAACCUAGAAGGCCACGCUUCGCUUGUCGGGCUGCUUGAUCUUAGCUACGAUCGCCUCGUCUCUGCAGCUGCCGAUUCCACGCUGCGCAUAUGGGACCCUGACACGGGCGAAUGCAAGAGUACGCUCCGUGCGCAUACCGGUGCUAUCACGUGCUUCCAGCAUGAUGCGCAGAAGGUCAUAUCAGGCUCAGACCGCACACUGAAGAUGUGGAACGUCAAAACGGGCAAAUUCGUGAAAGAUCUCCUGACAGAUCUUAAUGCGGUCUGGCAGGUAAAAUUCAACGAACGUCGGUGCGUUGCGGCUGUGCAACGGGACAAUAUGACUUACAUUGAGGUUCUUGAUUUUGGUGCUUCUCGCGACGGGGUCCCUCCGGAUCAGCUCGGACGCAGGAUUGCAGUGAACUCGAGAGGGCAAGAAGUGGAGGAUAGCGAGGAUGUCGUCGAGGCAGACCCAGUUUAG